UUAGAAGAAGGCGGGGAAACCGGUUGCGAAGACGCUGGCGUCAUUUUGUCAACAAAGUUUGAAUGGGAGAAGCAGUUAGUGCUGAAUAAUGAAAACAAAAAAAUGUUUAUAAGUUUACAGAGCCGGUUUUGGACAAGGACCUAGUUAUUCGAUGUUAAACAAGUUAUUUUUUAAGGGUUAAGCUAUUAACGCAGAGAUGAGUCAACCGAGGAACGUCAGGAAUCAUUGUGAAUCAAACCAGAGAGUUCGAAUAAAAGACGGAGGACAAAUAUUAAUUAGAAGAACACAGAGAAAGCAGAGAGAGAUGCGGGUUUUAGCCGAGAGGAACCCGGCGGUGGUGGCAGUCGGCGCAUGGGUCGAGACUGGAGAGGAGGAGCAGGAGCAUCCUGCGGUCCGUGCAUUGCUCACAGAGGAACUGCUCGAAGAAACCCGCAGGGCGAAGGAGGAGAGUCUGCGCCAGUUUCAGGAUGCGGUGCGCAGACGGGUAUCCGAGCAGACACGGAUACGGAAGCAGCAGCAGCUAGAGAGGUUUUCCAAAACAGCUGAAAGUGAGUGUCGAGUAUUCCAAAAGAGCAAUGACACCACCCGGCAUCUCACACUUCCUCACAAGAGUCAACAUCCGUCCUGGCCACUAGGGGAGCUCUCUAAGUCCAGUCAGAGUGCACGCUGGGUCAUGGCUCAAGAUCUUAAGUCGGCUGGCAGUGAUGAUGAUGAUAACCAGCACAGACAUCAGAUUAGCAAAAUCAUGAAGCAGGUGAGACAAAGACUGGCCGCAUGCCAGACCGUCCAAGAGGGUGAGGACUUAUCUGAACUUCCAGGAGGAAUAUGGAAAGUGUCUCCAGCUAAAGAUAAGACUGUCAGGAGAACAAUAGAAGACAAUGAGGAUGGACUUGAGGAGGAAGAAGGGCAGCGCCAUCAGCCGCUUUGUGUGCAGAACAGCAAGACGGUGACUUUUCACAAGGAUGGGGUGUAUGAAAAGGAAUUGAAACAAUCACAACUCAAAAGCAUGGACGAUACUAAUCAGGUGCUGUGGCCGAGAGAGGACCAAGAAGAGGAACAGAAGAGACAGAGACGUUCUCAGGUCUUGAUGUAUCGCCGUCUUUAUAUGGACAUCGAGCGAGAGCAGGUGAAGGAGCACCAGAGACAAAAGAAACAUCUGAGGAGAAUUGCUAGAAUUAAGGCAGAGAAGGAGCAACAGAGGUAUGAGGAGGAGAGGAGGAUGGAGCAUGCCCGGCGGCAGGACGAGAGAAGGAGCGAGCUGGCCGAGAGGGAGCGCCUCAUACUGGAGCGCCUCAGGCUGGAGGAAGAGGAGCAGGCGGAGGAGAAGAGGAGAGCACAAGUGAACAAAUCCAAAGAGACCACAAGGUACGUCGAAGCUUUGCGAGCUCAAAUAAGGGAGAAGCUGAAGCAGGAGAAAGUCGAGCUUCCUCCACUCUGCUGCUGUGGUGAGAGUUUUUGGGAUUCGCACCCUGAAACCUGCGCCAACAACUGCGUCUUCUACAACAACCCUAAAGCUUACGCUCAGGCUCUGCACUCGGUCCUGCUGAGCUGCGAGCUGAACGAAGGUGGCGCUGGACUAGGGGACUUCCCACGGAAAAUCGUCCGCACCUUGACACACCACAGCUAACUGUAUAUUAUUUCUCUUUAUAAAAGGAUCACAGACCUUUUUACAAAUACCUCAACAUGAAAUGAUGAAGAAAUGUUUGUUAGGAAAUUUGAUUUAUUAUUUUUAUAAGCGUAUCUUUAAUUUCUAUUCAUUUUUAGAAAGCAUGAUCUUGAUCUUGUUUGUCAGGAAUUAACAAUAAAAGUGUUAUUUGCUCCA